GUUGUAAUGCUAAGGUUACAGAUGCCAAUUUGUUACCAAAUUCUAUACUUAAUAUCACAGUUGAAUCUGGUUAUGAAACAGACGGUUUGGGAGUACAAGCUUUAGGUCAUUUUACCAUGCGUAUUGAUGGUUUGGCAAAUGAGUUUAGAUUCCUUAAAAAUCCUAUAUGGGUUAAUGGUUGUCGUUGUAAAAAAUGCGAUAAUAUUCCUCAGACAUACACAUCCCAAUGGUAUUUUGGUACAGUAGCACCUCCAAAAGGAACUUGGUUUGAUGUUUGGAUUGCAAUAUAUUGGGAAUGUCAUGUAAGCGACAGAAGUGGAAUGUACUGUUAUAGUCUAAAUGUACACCAUCGAGAUUAUGUCAAGUAG